CAGGUCCUUGAAGAUUAAAACAAAGGGUUAAAGUUCAAAGUUCGAACUAAAAUAUCUUAUUUAAUAUUCCACGCAAAUUCAACAUACAUUUUUAUAAAGCAACGACUAGAAAAUAAAUAUGAAACCAAAUUCAAAAUAAUUAAUUUAUAAAUAUAUAUUUUUUAUGUUUAGUUUUUUUCAACCUGCCAGGGCGCAGGAAGUACAUAACUGACAUUAGCACCGUUGAAUAACAAGCUAGCUCCGAACUGGGACGUAAACAAACGUCUCGUAACACUCAUUUUUACCUUCAAGAGGACACGCCGAUAGCUAUGGGACUGCAGUUGCUGAGUUAAUGUCUGGGUAAAACUGAUACUUAGCACCAUGUCAGCGUUGUUGUUGUUGCCGCACGGUGCUAGAGUUUGUAGAAAGUACAGCAGAGGGUUGUUGUGGUCGGGCUCCAGGCGGAGCUGCCAUGUAUCCAGCGAUGGCGUCAAACGUGUCCUGUCCAGGUUUGCUCAUGUCAACUCCAAACCAGGGCGGAUAUUUACGAGUCCACCGCAGAGACUCAUUCAGAGUCUUCUCCACAGACCUUUGGGACCGGGCACGGAUGAACUUAGCAGGGUGUUAAUUAGAAACAACCUGCUACGGAACCCCGUUGGUUUAGUAAAUCUAUUAGGCGCAACAAACUUCUUCAGUACGUCUCAGUCUAAACAAAAGCAAAAUAAAAGUGAUGGACCAAAGGGGAAAACUCCAGAAGAAGAUGAAGAGGAGAAGAAACGUCGGGAGCACAGGGAACAGAUGUACCGGGAGCGGCUGCGGAUCCUCGUCAUCACGGCCUUCCUGUUGAGCUUGCUGCACAGCAUGAACGACAGCGGCAGCAACAUCUCUUGGAACGACUUCGUCAAUGAGAUGCUGGCCAAGGGGGAGGUGGCGCGCGUGCAAGUCUCUCCCGAGAGCGACAUCGUGGAAAUCUACCUCCAUCACGGGGCGAUAAUCUUCGGGAGGCCCAGGCUGACGCUCACGUACAGAAUGCAGGUCGCCAACAUCGACAAAUUCGAGGAGAAGCUGAGAGCUGCUGAGGAAGAGCUGAACAUCGACCCUAAGGACAGAAUCACGGUGUCCUACAAACGCACAGGCUUCUUUAGAAAUGCAGUCUACGCUCUAGGGAUGGCUGCUAUCGGAGUGGCCAUCCUCUGGUACAUCUUUCGUCUGGCGGGCAUGGGCGGCAGAGAAGGCGGCUUCAGCGCUUUCAAUCAGCUGAAGAUGGCCAAGUUCACCAUAGUGGACGGGAAAUCGCGCAAAGGCGUGAGCUUCAAAGACGUGGCGGGUUUGCAUGAGGCAAAGAUGGAGGUGAAGGAAUUUGUUGACUACCUCAAGAGCCCAGAGCGAUACCUGCAGCUGGGAGCCAAAGUUCCCAAAGGUGCGCUGCUGCUCGGGCCUCCAGGAUGUGGGAAGACCCUGCUGGGUAAGGCGGUGGCGACCGAGGCCCAGGUUCCCUUCCUGGCUAUGGCUGGCUCAGAGUUCGUGGAGGUCAUCGGAGGCCUGGGUGCCGCCCGAGUCAGGAGCCUGUUCAAGGAGGCUCGCGCCCGUGCGCCCUGCAUCGUGUACAUCGACGAGAUCGACGCCGUGGGAAAGAUGCGCUCCACCAACAUGUCCGGUUUCUCCAACACCGAAGAGGAGCAGACUCUCAACCAGCUGCUGGUGGAGAUGGACGGAAUGGGAACGACAGACCACGUCAUCGUCCUUGCUUCCACUAACAGGGCAGACAUCUUGGACAAUGCUCUCAUGAGACCAGGCAGAUUGGACAGACACAUCUUCAUAGAUCUGCCCACGCUGCAGGAGAGGAAAGAAAUCUUCGAGCAGCAUCUGAAGAUCCUGAAGCUGACCCAACCCGCCAAUUUCUACUCUCUGCGUCUGGCUGAGUUCACGCCUGGUUUCAGCGGCGCGGACAUCGCCAACAUCUGCAACGAAGCGGCUCUCCACGCCGCCAGGGAGGGCUUCAAGUCCAUCGACACGUUCAACUUUGAGUAUGCGGUGGAGAGGGUGAUAGCAGGAAGCGUAAAGAAGAAUAAGAUCCUGUCGAAGGAGGAGCAGAGGGUGGUUGCCUUCCAUGAAUCUGGACACGCCUUAGUGGGGUGGCUGCUGGAGCACACGGAGGCCGUCAUGAAGGUGUCCAUCGCCCCGAGGACAAACGCAGCCCUGGGAUUCGCUCAGAUUUUACCCCGCGACCAGUUCAUGUUCACCAAAGAGCAGCUGUUUGAGCGGAUGUGCAUGGCUCUGGGAGGCAGAACUGCAGAGGCCAUCACCUUCAACAAGGUCACAACAGGAGCUCAGGACGACCUGCGGAAGGUGACACGCGUGGCCUACUCCAUGGUGAAGCAGUACGGCAUGUGCGACAGCGUCGGACAGGUUUCCUUCCCGGACACGGAGGAGGAAGGGGCCGUCGGGCGCCGUCCUUUCAGCCAGGGGCUGCAGCACCAGAUGGAUCAUGAGGCUAAGAUGCUGAUCGCCCGAGCGUACAGACGUACAGAGAAGCUGCUACAAGAGAACAGAGACAAGCUCACUCUGUUGGCCAACGCGCUGUUGGAGCGCGAGGUGGUGAACUACGAGGACAUCGAGGCCCUGCUGGGGCCGCCGCCCUUCGGCCCCAAGAAGAUGAUUCUCCCCCAGAGCUGGUUGGAGGCCGAGAGGGACAAACAAGACACGGGAGAGGACGAACCUCAGCCACCGCCACGCAAGCACCCGGAAGACGACGGGAAUCCUCAGGUGGUCUGAUGUUACGCUGAAUGUCUCCAAACUCCUGAAGCUAUUUAGGUUUAGGUUCAUCAAUUUGUUUUUUUGUUUUGUUUUUUUUUCUUUAUAAAACCAGGCACUGCUUCCUCACUGUGAAGCUUUAUAUUUCUAAUCUACUGCUAAUAGUAAAAGUGCUAAUGAUGCACCAGAUCUGAUCAUGUUGCGCAAAUAUACUGUUUCAUAUAAAGGUUACAAGCAUUUCCUUGGAGAAAAGUACGAUAUUCCACAUAUGCAGCCGACAUGUUACCGUUUUUCUGUGCUGUCAGAGGUGACGUGCGCCGGAUGCAGUGACGUAUUAGCUCAGGUCACGCACACACUGAGGUCUGCGUUACUGUGGAGUGAGCUGCAGUUAAGAUUUAUGUCAGAUUGCAGAGUGUAAUAGAUACUUAGAAACGUUUUGUCUGCGCUGGGGCGGGAGCCGUACGGAGCUGCUCUUCACUCAAGAUGAAAAAACUGCUUUUACGUUUUGAAAAUGCUCCUGGAAGCCUGGAAAGUAAAGCAGCAGGUUAAGGAAGUAAGGUGGAAAGGUUCAGAGUGGGGGGGUUGGGUACAGGUUGACUUUGACUAUGUCCUGGUUAGGUCGCUCCUGAUUUUGAAGAAUGGUGUGAACAAUAUGUAAAUAAAGUUUUAUUUAAAUAAAGUGUGUUACAGUA